CCCCCUACUCCCACGAGGAGACCCUGACAUCGCCCUACCCCGUCCCGGUCGGGACCCGCGAGAUCCCUUCCUCCCAGAGCAGGGAACCCCCGGGCCCAUCGCCCUCGGCAGGUCGGAGCCGGACCCGCACUCGGCCCCUCUGAGUCCUAGAGCGCGAGACCCCAGCCCCUCCACGUCCCGGCGGGUCUCCGUCCCAGCUUCAUCCUCGAACCAAGACGACACCCUCUCCUGUCCCCUCCCUCAGUUUCUCGGGAUCCCCACUUUCUGGGAGCCAGGACCGUGGAGCCCCCUUGGCCCGGCCGCCGCCCCCCACUUUUGUUCUGGCCAAACCCUCAUCGUUCCCCAGCUCUGCUCCUCGCCCUUUACCCUCGUCCCUUCCCAGGGCGGGAGUCCCUGAGCGCCUGCAGCCCCUCUCUCUUCCCCACACCGGGUGCCCGCCCUAGUUGCUACUUUUCUCAGACCACCUUUCUCUUCCUCGCUAGACCCUGAGCCCUUGUGUUCCCAUCCCUAAUCAAAGACCCUUUCGCCCGGCCACCCCCUCUUUGAAAGUGAAGUUUCCUCCCUACCUCUGUCUUCCCCUUUCCUAGAGCUGGACCAGCAGCCCCCAUCGGCCCUGAGCUGGACCCCUGUGGGCUCCCCCAUCACCACUCCCUCUCCACUCUGAGCCCCUUCUGUCUUCUGUUCCCCCCCCCUUUACCCCACCCCUCCAUCUUCUCUGGAACCCACACUGCCUGGCCUCUGGGAAGCCCACCUCCUCCACCCACUCCCCAAGUGGGAGGGAGAUUCCAGGUUGCGGAUGGCAGGGGAUGGGGAGCCUCCCCUGUGGAGUGCCAGGAGAAGGUGGAGGGGCUUGAUCCUCUCCGACCCCCCAUCCCGGUGACAGCAUGGAGAUUUUCCGCCGUGCGGACAAAAAUGACGAUGGGAAGUUGUCCUUGGAGGAAUUCCAGCUCUUCUUUGCAGAUGGCGUUCUCAACGAGAAAGAACUGGAGGAUCUCUUCCACACGAUCGACUCUGACAACACCAACCACGUGGAUACCAAGGAGCUAUGUGAUUACUUUGUGGACCACAUGGGGGACUAUGAGGACGUCUUGGCCUCCCUGGAGACCUUGAAUCACUCUGUCCUAAAGGCCAUGGGCUACACUAAGAAGGUAUACGAGAGCGGGAACAAUGUGGACCAGUUCGUGACCCGCUUUCUCCUGAAGGAGACAGCCAACCAGAUCCAGUCGCUGCUGAGCUCCGUGGAGAGUGCAGUGGAGGCCAUUGAAGAGCAGACCAGCCAGAUCCGACAGAACCACAGCACACCUGGCCAUGGUGUGGUGGAGACGUGGUAUGGAAGCCCCACUCCCUCCUACGUCCCCAACCACAAGCUCAUGGCCACGGAACAGGAGAAGAGCCUGCCUUCUGGUGAGAACUCCAGGAAGGAGGGCCUGGAAGCGCAGGUCAGUCGUCUGGCAGAGCUAAUAGGACGGCUGGAAAACAAGACCCUCUGGUUUGAUCUGCAGCAGCGCCUCUCAGACGAAGAAGGCACCAACAUGUACCUGCAGCUGGUCCGGCAGGAGAUGGCCGUGUGCCCUGAGCAGCUGAGCGAGUUCCUGGACUCCUUGCGACAGUACCUGCGGGGUACCGCGGGAGCCCCGAACUGCUUCCACAUCGCCGCCAUGAGGCUGUCGGAUGGCUUCACCUUCGUGGUCUACGAGUUCUGGGAGACGGAGGAGGAAUGGAAGAGGCACCUGCAGAGCCCCGUGUGCAAGGCGUUCCGGCACGUCAAGGUGGACACGCUGAGCCAGCCUGAGGCCCUCUCCAGGAUCUCGGUGCCAGCUGCCUGGUGCACAGUGGGCCGAGACUGACCAGCUCCCCGAUGCCCCAUGGAUGAGCCUGGCACCCUGUCCUCUCUUCUUAUAAAAUCACCCCCUCUUUUCUAGAAACUUUGGUAUAUGAGCUGUCUUUUCAAUAUACUUCCAAAUAAGAAUGUAUUUUCCCGCUGUUUGAAGUGAAGGCAAACCCGCCUCCCUGGCAUCCCCCCAAACCCUCACCCUUGUUGGCAGAGCAGCGUCUGAGCUGCUGAGGCCCUGCUGAAGCCAGAGGCCUGCGGUGACGGGGAGGCUUCCCAGAUCAGCACCCCUACUCCUCAUCCCACUGGCAUGCCCAGCCCCCCACCACACUGGCCUACUCUGGCCUCAGCAAGACUCACCCCUCCACCGGCCACCACCUCCCUCUCCUCCACUCCUGGUCAACAUUUUUCUCCCCAAUAGGAGCCAAGACCCUGUAGUGCCCAACCUAGGCCAAGUGUCCAUGGCAGUAGAGCCCACGUAGCCAAUGUCAUAUGAGGCAAACAGCCGUUGCUGGGACAGGCACCAAAUAAACUCUGGUUGGGACCGGCA